GAGACGGGGAUCGAGAGACCAGGCUUCAGACUUCAUACGUUUUUAGAAGCAAUAUCACCUUCAACUGGAGCUGUGCCGUUAACAAGAAGGUUUACCUAAUGUUGUGGCUGGUGAGAUUGUACAUCACCCAUCCAUCCUGGUACAACUACAACCCAUGAUUGAGACACAAAGUCGUCUGACCCAGCGGCUCCCCAGUGAUCCCCCAGGCCUCCCAGAGAUAUGGCACCCAUACCCUUUCACAUUUCAACAGUCCCUCUUCUCCUUCUCAUGGUUCUUCUCCUGUCUAAGCCUUGCACCUCCUUCAGGCCACAGGUUGUUGAACGAGCAUCAGGCUCUCAACAACCCUAUCCAUCCACUAAUCUCACAGAAUCUGACAAGCGGCCUUGUACAGGCCAUGUAGUGUGUAGACCUGGUAUACUGUUGCCAGUGUGGUUGCCAAUCAACCCUCCUCAAGGGGAGAGGGCAGGGAGAGCUGUCAUCUACUUCCUCUGUCUCAUGUACAUUUUCCUGGGAGUGUCCAUCAUUGCAGACCGAUUUAUGGCAUCGAUCGAAGUCAUUACCUCUCAGGUGAAAGAGAUAACCAUUACCAAACCCACCGGUGAGACUACAGUAACCACAGUGCGAAUCUGGAAUGAGACUGUCUCCAACCUUACACUCAUGGCUCUGGGCUCCUCUGCUCCUGAAAUCUUGCUUUCUGUCAUUGAGGUGUGCGGGCAUAACUUUGAUGCAGGGGAGCUCGGCCCAGGCACCAUUGUUGGAAGUGCUGCCUUCAAUAUGUUUGUGAUUAUCGGCAUAUGUGUGUGGGUGGUCCCCGAUGGAGAGUCUCGCAAGAUUAAACACCUGCGAGUAUUUUUUAUUACAUCUUUCUGGAGUAUCUUUGCCUACAUUUGGCUCUAUCUCAUACUAGCUGUGAUAUCGCCUGGGAUCGUAGAGGUGUGGGAAGCUGCAGUGACACUGCUUUACUUUCCGGUGUGUGUGUUACUGGCUUGGAUCGCUGACCGUCGCCUGCUCUUCUACAAAUACCUGCACAAACGUUACCGUGCUGACAAAAGACAUGGUAUUGUGGUGGAAAUGGAAGGUGACAUUACACCCAAAGCCCUUGAUAUUAUCAUGGACGGAAAGAACUCAGAUGGCAUUUCGUGCCCUACAAACUCCUCAAGUGUGACAGUAUCUGUACAAACAGCAAGUGAGAUGGACCAGAACCAAGAUGAGGUGGUUCGUAUGCUGAAAGACCUAAGGGAUAGACAUCCAGACAAAGACCUAGACCAGCUUAUUGAAAUGGCAAACUACUCCACUUUGGUUCAUAAGAAGAAGAGUCGAGCUUUCUACCGUAUCCAGGCAACUCGCUUGUUGAUUGGUGCUGGAAACCUACUAAGGAAACAUGCUGCUGAAUAUUCACGCCGUACAGGUGCGGCAGGUCAGGGGGAUGACGAUCGUACAUGCUCUCACAUUUGUUUUGAAAGUGCCCAGUAUCUCUGCAUAGAGAACUGUGGUACCUUAAGCCUCUGGGUGAUCCUUGACGGGGGCACAGCUGAGAACACUUUUUAUGUGGACUACUCUACGGAAAAUGGUUCGGCCAAUGCUGGGGCGGACUAUGAAUUUAGUGAAGGAACGCUGACAUUUAAACCAGGAGAGACUCGGAAAGAGAUCAAGGUGAAAAUUUUGGAUGACGACAUCUUUGAAGAGGACGAACAUUUCUUUGUCCGUCUACAAAAUCUAAGGUUAGAGGAGGGUGGUGGUGAAGGGACAGGACAUUCACCUAAGGGCAGACUAGUGGAGCCGCUGGUUGCCACUGUUACUAUCUUGGAUGAUGACCAUGCUGGCAUCUUCACCUUUGGUCAGGGGAUUUUGCGGGUGAGUGAGAGCACAGGCACUCUGACGGUGACAGUGGUGAGGAACUCGGGCUCCAGGGGUACCGUUUCUGUACCCUAUCACACAGAGGACGGCAGUGCCAAAGUUGGACUAGACUACGAGCAGGCCAAGGGUGAGCUGGAAUUUACCAAUGAACAAAUGAGCCACACCUUAAAAGUUCACAUUAUAAAUGUGGAGGAAUAUGAAAAACAGGAAAACUUCUUUAUUGUGCUUGAAGAGCCUAAAUGGCUGAAGCGAGGACUCUCUGGCCACCCCACCACUGAGGAGGAAGAGGCCAGGAGGAUUUCUGAGAUGGGCAAGCCCAUUCUAGGAGAGCACAGCAGGAUAGAGAUCAUCAUAGAAGAGUCCUGUGAGUUUAAGAAUACUGUGGAUAAACUCCUUAAGGAUACAAAUCUGGCAGCUGUGAUUGGCUCUCGUUCAUGGAGAGAACAGUUCAUUGAAGCUGUCACAGUCAGUGCAGGUGACAGAGAUGAUGAGGGACAAGAUCAGCCAAUGCCGAACUGCUUUGACUAUUUCAUGCACAUAUUGUGCAUAUUUUGGAAGAUUCUCUUUGCUUGUGUCCCGCCAACUGAAUACUGGAAUGGCUGGGCAUGUUUCAUAGUGUCAAUAUGUGUCAUUGGUAUGUUAACAGCCAUUAUCGGAGAUCUUGCAUCUCAUUUCGGCUGCACAGUUGGCUUGAGAGACACUGUCACCGCAGUGGUAUUUGUAGCCCUAGGGACUUCAGUUCCUGAUACCUUUGCCAGUAAAGUGGCUGCAAUCCAGGACCAAUAUGCCGAUGCAUCAGUGGGAAAUGUAACUGGAAGCAAUGCAGUGAAUGUCUUCUUAGGUAUUGGUGUAGCGUGGUCUCUGGCUGCCAUUUAUUGGGAAGUAAAAGGUCAAGUUUUUCGUGUGGAUGUUGGCUCACUGGCGUUCUCAGUCACACUCUUCACCAUUUUUGCCUUCUUCACAAUGGGAGUGUUGAUGAUCCGCCGUAGGCCCUCUAUAGGUGGUGAACUGGGAGGCCCACGGAUCCCCAAAAUCCUGACAUCACUGAUUCUCUUUGGACUCUGGUUCCUUUACGUUCUCUUCUCUAGUUUGGAAGCCUACUGCCAUAUAAAAGGCUUCUGAGAAUACAUGUUUGGGGACAGUAAUUAAACAAAGAUAUACAGUUUUACAGUACAGUAUUCUUUUGGAAAGAACUGAUUAGUAAUUUUGAGAAGACCCAUCAUCACUUGACAAACUUUGGCCAUGGUAUAACACACUUGGACAUGUAAAUCUGCAUAUCCACUGCAGCAAGAAUUUAUUUUCUUAGCAUUGAGCAGUCAGUAAACUAAAUAGCAUACAGCGUUCAUUACGUAUACCAAGACGAAAUUGUGAAUGUCUUUAAAAAAAAAACUUUAUACCACCCCUCUGCUUUGUAAUUUGCUUGACUUCAUUAUGUCAGGACACCGCUGUAUUUGAUUUUUGUCAUCAACUACAGUAUAUGAUGGAUUUAACUUGUUAUAGUAUAUAUAAAAAGGCCAGGUAUAAAUGCUGACCUGUGUAAUUACAUUGAUAUUUUUUUGAUGAACUGCUAACAUGGAGUAUAUAAAAAAUGUGUUUCUCAAAGCAACAUGGACCUUUGUUUGUGGCACAAAUCAAUCCAAUUUGAUAUUACUCAACACACUACAUGUCCAGAAUAAUCAAUCGUAUACUUACAAUGACAAUACAUUCAUUUUAAGCUGCACAAUGACAAAGACAUGCACUGUCAGUCUGACUGUUUUAAAAUGAUAAUUCAACCUGAAAAU